UCCUAGCCCUCUUUUCUUCCUCCUAAUUAAACUCCGCGGCGGCCAAAUCGCCCCCGAUUCCUCCCCCUCUUCCUCUCCCUGUCUCCUCCUCCUCGCUCAGCCGCCGGCGGUGAUUCUUCUUCGUCGUCGUCCUUCGAUCGUCUCGUUCGGGUCUCGUGGUGCGGUUCUCGGAUCGGAGGUGGAAACUGCGAGCUCGGUCGCAUCGGCGGGCAGUUAGGGUUUGGGCUUCCUCCCUCCGAUGGAGGAGCCGCAGAUCAAUUCAUGGGAGUUCUUAGGGGAGGAAAACGACCCCAUGUUUUACGAAAACUUCGCCGUCGACAUGGAGGAGUUGGAGACGAUCCUCGAAGAGAAGCCGGAGCGACCUCCCUCUUCCGACGAACAAUCCCAGGUCACAUAUGAAGGUUUAUGCCAAGCCAAAUUAGAUGAAUACCGAUUAGAUGCUGAUGUUAUUGCUGGAACUUAUACUGGUUUAACGGAAUCUAAGGAAUGCAGUGGGACUGUUGCUCCUCAAUGGAGUACAUCAGAUAAAAUUGGUGUUUUAGACUGCCAGAAAGAAAUUAAUGUAGGAUUUUCCUUGGGAUCAAAAGAAAGUUGUAACUAUGAUUUUCCUACAAGUAAUGGCAUAGGACAUGCCUCAGAGCAUGCUGAGUCUAAGCACACACUUGAUUAUCCUUCAAGUUGGCUUCCACCUUUUAACCACGAAUAUGAUUUUAGUUCAAGGAAGAAUUUAGUUGGAAGCUCCCGCAAUAGUUUGAUGGUCAGAGAUCUCCACAACCAGCAGAUACAACAUGUGCCGAGUUAUAAUUCUGAUACUGUUGAUGAAGCAACCCUGAUCAUGCCACAUUAUGCUGAAUCCAGGGAUGAUAUGUACUUGGACAGCGGCCAAACGGUCUUCGAGCAGAGUAGAAGCCAUCACUGUGAACCUCAUGCAGACGAUAUGCCACCAUUCAUCAUGCAAGAUUCACAUACUAUGACGACUGAUUUGUCAGUUUUAACUGAUGCUGAGAGAAAUGAUGACACUUGGAGAGAUUCUUUAUUCCACAAUCCUUGUACACAUAACACUCCUAGUUUAAAUUUUGAAAAUUUGCAUGAUUCCAAGCCCAUGUUGAAUGCGACUGAGGCAUCAGGUAUCAUGUAUAAUCCUUAUGGCAGUGGUUACGUGACUUACAGAGAUUCACCUAUUGAUAGUGCAAGGAAUGCGUUGCAUGGCCAAUUUCCUCAUCCAGUUUUUUCACAUCAGAAGGUUAAGGAUGAAAAUGAAGAACCACUGCAUCCAUCUCAGAGUUUUUCUAGAGGAAGCGAAGUGGGGUUGGACAUGAGAGUGGAAUCUGUUGGAUCCUUACUGCAAGGCUUCCCGAAGUCAGAUAUUGUUCGACCGCCGCUAGACACCUGUGCAGAGCAAAAUGAUUCUGAUGAUCUUAGCAUUGAGAGUGAAUCUAGUAUAGAUUCUUCUUCUUAUGUCACUCGCAAGAGAGAGCCAUCAAGUAGAAAUUCUAUCUCUAGCGAUGCUGAAUUAUUUGUGAUGAAUGAGUCAGGAAAACUAAUCCCUGAUUAUUUGACUCACUGGCAGAACAAGAAGCAAAAAAUAUCAUCAAUGAUAGGAAGAGAUGAUCAGGUACAAAUAUCUCAUUACCCACAGAGUAGGCUUAAGCAUCAUGAUAAUGAUGGUCUUAGAUGGGAUUCUACCACAAGCUACAUAAGUGUGGAUGAUGAUGCUGACAUAUGCAUCCUUGAUGAUAGCAGAAACUCUGCCGCCUACCCACCGCCACCACCACACCCAUUUUAUACAAUUAAUCCUACGGUAGUAGAGCAAUCUGGAUUUACUGAGACAUAUUUACCUAGGUUUGGAGGGAUAAGGCAAAAGGAUGAAGAUAGAUUGAAUAUCCAGCUAGCGUUGCAGGAUCUUUCUCAGCCCAAAUCUGAGGUUAGUCCACCUGAGGGACUUUUGGCAGUUCCUUUAUUGAGACACCAGCGUAUAGCUUUGCAUUGGAUGGUACAAAAGGAAACUGCAAAUCCACAUUGUUGUGGUGGUAUACUUGCUGAUGAUCAGGGUCUUGGUAAAACAGUAUCUACAAUUGCGCUAAUUCUGAUGGAGAGAUCUCCAUCUCCUCAACUAUUUCCUUCUGCAGGAAAUCAUGACAAAUUUGAACCUCUAAACCUGGAUGAUGAUGAAGAAGAUGAUAUUUCGAAGAUUAAUGAAGCAAAGCAGCUCCGAAUUUGCAGUUCCUCGAUGGCCAGUGGAUCGAAGAGAAGGGAAGAUCAGGUCAUGAUGUCUAUGAAGAGUAGGCCUGCAGCAGGAACAUUAGUUGUUUGCCCUACAAGCGUUCUCCGGCAAUGGGCUGAGGAACUGAAAACUAAAGUGGUCAGCAGUGCUAAUUUGUCAUUUCUUGUGUAUCAUGGAAGUAAUAGAACCAAAGAUGCUCAUGAACUUGCAAAAUAUGAUGUUGUUCUUACUACAUAUGCUAUUGUAAGCAUGGAAGUUCCUAAGCAGCCUCUUGCUGAUAAAGAUGUCGAGGAGAAAGGAAAUUAUGAUGGUCUGACGGAAAGUAUGAUUGAUAAAAAAAGGAAGGAGGCUCCAAGCUCCUCAAGAAAGUGUGUGAAAGAUGGGAAUGUCAAAGCUGAUGCUCGACCUCUUGCAAGAGUUAGUUGGUUUAGGGUAAUUCUGGAUGAAGCUCAAAGCAUCAAGAAUCAUAGGACUCAAGUUGCAAGGGCAUGUUGGGGUCUGCGGGCUAAGAGAAGAUGGUGCUUGUCUGGUACUCCUAUACAGAAUGCAGUUGAUGACCUUUAUAGCUAUUUCAGAUUUCUUCGUUAUGAUCCAUUUGAUGCUUAUAAAUCUUUUUGUUCCAAAAUAAAGAAUCCAAUUAGCCGUGAUCCAUCAAAUGGUUAUAAAAGGCUUCAAUUGGUUUUGAAGACUAUAAUGCUACGCCGCACUAAAGGGACAAUGCUUGAUGGUAAGCCUAUUAUAAAUUUGCCACCGAAGACUAUUACUUUGAUGAAGGUGGAUUUCUCAGAGGAGGAACGAACUUUCUACACACGUUUAGAAGCUGAGUCAAGAGAACAGUUUAAGGUAUAUGCAAAUGAAGGAACUGUCAAACAGAACUAUGUGAAUAUUUUGUUGAUGCUCUUAAGACUAAGGCAAGCUUGUGAUCACCGUAUUCUGGUAAAUGGAUAUGGUUCCAAUUCUGUGGAGAAGUCUUCUAUAGAAACUGCACGGAAGCUCCCCAAAGAAAAACAGAAGGAUCUCUUGAGUUGUUUAGAAGCAUGCUUGGCUAUUUGUACGAUAUGCAAUGAUCCACCUGAGGAUGCAGUUGUCACAAUAUGUGGACAUGUUUUCUGCAAUCAGUGUAUUCGUGAGCAUCUUAAUGGUGAUGAUAAUAUCUGUCCGUCAGCUGAUUGCAAAGUUCGGUUAAAUGCUGCUUCAGUAUUUUCUAAAAAUACAAUAGUAACCUCCAUAGGUGAGAUGCCUGGUGAGGUUUGCAACUCCAAUGGCUGUCGUUCUGGCAUCUCAGAUGCAACGACCAAUGGAAAUUCUUAUUCUUCUAAAGUAAAAGCAGCACUCGAUAUUUUGCAAUCACUACCCAGGUCCCAAUGUUCUCUUCCUGAUUGCAACUCCUCCAAACUCAAGGAAGAAGGUCAUGGUUCUCUGCAGAAUGCGGUUAAUACAGUUUCACAGCGAUGCUCUGUGAAUGCAAAUGAAGGAAACAAAUCUAAACCAAAUUCUCAGCAUUCAGAAAAGGCCAUUGUUUUCUCUCAGUGGACAAAGAUGUUAGAUUUAUUGGAAGUUCCAUUGCAAAAAUCUUCUAUACAAUAUAGGAGACUUGACGGUACAAUGUCUGUUGCCGCCAGAGAGAAAGCAAUUAAAGACUUCAACAAUCUUCCAGAGGUUUCUGUCAUGAUCAUGUCUCUGAAAGCUGCUAGCCUUGGUCUGAAUCUGGUGGUAGCUUGUCAUGUUCUUCUUCUGGACUUGUGGUGGAACCCUACUACUGAGGACCAGGCCAUUGAUAGAGCACACAGAAUCGGCCAGAGGCGUCCGGUAACUGUUUCACGGUUAACCGUGAAAGAUACUGUGGAAGAUCGCAUUUUAGCUCUACAGGAAAAGAAGCGGGAGAUGGUCGCUUCCGCAUUCGGUGAAGAUGAAUCAGGUUCUCGCCAAACUCGCUUGACGGUGGAGGACUUGAAUUAUCUUUUCAUGGUGUAGCUCGCAACCUCUAGCAGCAAAGUUUUGGACACAGCAGGCUAACCUCAACAUCCUUCCAGAGUCAAUCCUCCGCUGCCUUUCAUCGGUACCAAGCACUAACCAGCUUUCUUGUUAAUAGCGAAUUUAGAGCUUGCACAGUUUCUCGUUACUUCUCUUGGUCUUGAAGCAUAGUUUUUCUUACAAUUAUAGGCAGUGUUAUUUUAUAGGAGAAAAUUGAUAAAAUGUGAAAUUCUAUUGAUUUCACCAUUGGCAUCAUUUGUAAAGCUUCGGCGGCAUUAGAUUUGUGAUCAUUUGAAGGCUUUACUC